AUGUCUACAACCAUGCUUCCAUCGUACUGGAACUGGAUCAUACCAUCUGUCGUUGUGUUUGUUCUAAUUAUUGUCGGCAUUAUUUUGUUUCUCUACUUGACAAUCAAUCCAAAUUAUGAAAUAAAGCAUCUUCCUGCAGUUUCUUCACCGGUCCUCCUCGUCGAUGCGACACCUGAUUCUGAUAGAAAUACUCUAAUGUCCACUUCUGAUAGGAAUACCAUAAUGGCUGCUUCUGAUCGGAAUAUUCUAACUACUACUCCUACCAGCAUACUAAUCGAUGAUGCUUCAGCAUUAUUUAAUAAAGCUAAAAGUGUAUGGUCUAUUAUCUCUAAAAAUGCAGCGACGGCCGAUAUUCACACUACACAUGGUAAUGUUUUACCUGCUAACAUCAACAGUCCAUUAGAUCUUCAAUCUUGGUCAUCUUCGCCUGUUUCUCGUUCUUCUUCUCUAACGAUCUACAGUCGUUUAGGUUUACGUGUUCUUCAAUUUGAUUAUGAUCUUGAAUUUCUUUACGGCGGCUCGUUAAAUGGACGAGGAGCGUAUUUAGAUGGUAUUACCGUAGUUCCAUCACGUAUAACUGUUGCCUGGUGUUAUGUAUUCAAUGCAAACGUUGAAAUAACGUCUAUACGCAAUGUAGGCACAAGUGAUAAUCCAAUCGCUGCUGCGCAUAUUGAAUUAAAAUAUCAACUAAAAGCACUCAGUCGCGUAGAAGGAACAACAUCAUUUGAUGUCAAAGGUGAUGGACGCGUGGAUAUUUUGCAUAUGAAAUAA